AUGCAGAUCAAUAAGGAAGAACGCGAGCAGAGAAGAAGAAGAAGAAGAAGGAGGUGGUUUACGUUGCAGCAGAAGGUUUAUGUUGAGCAAAGUUUUAGGUUGCACUUGUAUUCCUCACUGGAAUACAACAAGCUUGUUCGGCCUCUUCUUGAUUUCAGGGCUAUGGCUGAGUUACGGGUUCUAAGGCUAUUUGGAAAUCCUCUUGAGUUUCUUCCAGAAAUUUUGCCACUCAGAAAACUUCGGCACCUUACUCUUGCAAACAUUAGGGUUGUAGCAGAUGAAAAAUUGAGAUCAGUGAAUGUGGAAAUAGAGAUGGAAAACAGUUCUUAUUUUGUAGCAUCCAGGCAUAAGCUCAGUGCCGCAUUCUCUCUUAUAUUCCGUUUUUCUUCAUGUCAUCACCCGUUACUGGCGUCAGCACUAGGAAAGAUAAUGCAAGAUGAAGGAAAUAGAGUUUUUGUUGGUAAAGAUGAGAAUGCAGUGCGGCAGCUUAUAAGUAUGAUAACUAGUGACAACUGUCAUGUGGUUGGACAAGCAUGCUCUGCUCUUUCAGCCCUUGCCUCUGAUGAUUCUGUUGCAUUGCAGCUGAUGAGAGCGGACAUCAUGAGACCAAUUGGAACAGUUCUCAAAUCUGCUUGCCGGGAAGACUUAAUAUCUGUAUUGCAAGUUGUGGUCAAGUUGGCUUUCACAUCUAAUACUGUGGCUGAGAAGAUGUUGACCAAAGAUGUUUUGAAAUCUUUGAAAAUUUUAUGCGCCCAUAAAGAUCCAGAGGUACAAAAGCUAGCUCUUUUAGCUGUUGGGAAUUUAGCCUUCAGUCUGGAGAAUCGUCAAAUACUUGUUACUUCUGAAAGUUUACGAGAGCUUCUCUUACGCCUGGCUGUUGUAACUGAACCGCGUGUUUAUAAAGCUGCAGCUCGUGCUUUGGCAAUUCUUGGAGAGAAUGAAAAUCUAAGGCGUGCUAUAAGAGGGAGAAAAGUGGCAAAGCAAGGCCUUCGCAUACUCUCAAUGGAUGGAGGUGGAAUGAAAGGUCUAGCAACUGUAAAAAUGUUAAGGGAAAUUGAGAAGGGUACCGGAAAACGAAUACAUGAGUUGUUUGAUUUAAUAUGUGGCACAUCCACAGGUGGUAUGCUCGCUGUUGCCCUUGGGAUUAAGUUAAUGACUUUGGAAGAAUGUGAAGAUAUAUACAAAAAUCUAGGGAAGCUUGUUUUUGCUGAGCCUUCUCCCAAGGAGAAUGAAUCAGCAACUUGGAGGGAAAAGUUAGAUCAACUCUAUAAGAGUUCAUCACAGAGUUUUAGAGUUGUUGUUCAUGGAUCAAAAGUAUGCACUUUUGAAUUUUCAUUGGCAAAUUAUUAUUAUUGGACUUAUUUGUCAUUUUCUCUUAUUAUUAUUAUUAUUAUUAUUAAUCUAUUGAUAGAUUCUGCUGUGAAAAAUGUGCCCAAAGUUUUUGUUGUGUCAACCUUGGUGAGCAUGAUGCCUGCACAGCCCUUCAUAUUUCGCAACUAUCAGUACCCUACUGGUACACCGGAGGUGACUCUUGCAACGUCAGAAAGCUCUGGGGUCGUAUUAGUGUCACCUACAGAUGCACAAGUUGGCUAUACUUAUAAGCGCAGUGCAUUCAUUGGAAGUUGUAAGCAUCAAAUAUGGAAGGCUAUCAGAGCUUCCUCAGCUGCUCCUUAUUAUCUUGAUGAUUUCUCAGAUGAUGUAAACCGCUGGCAAGAUGGGGCAAUAGUAGCAAACAAUCCAACAAUUUUUGCCAUAAGAGAAGCACAACUUCUGUGGCCCGACACAAAAAUUGACUGUCUGGUUUCUGUAGGGUGUGGUGAUGUUCCACCAAGGAUGCGAAAAGGUGGUUGGCGGUAUCUGGACACUGGACAGGUGUUGAUAGAGAGUUCAUGCUCUGUUGACCGGGUGGAGGAAGCUUUAAGUACAUUGCUACCUAUGCUUCCUGAGAUACAGUAUUUUCGUUUCAAUCCAGUUGAUGAACGUUGUGAUAUGGAACUUGAUGCAACGGAUCCAACUAUCUGGCUGAAGUUGGAAUCUUGCGUUGAAGAAUACAUAGAAAAGAAUCGUCAGGCAUUUGGAAAUGCCUGCGAGAGAUUGCUUCUUCCUUCUCAGCAUGACCGGAAGUGGUUAGAAAAUUUGAGAUCCAAAUCAUCCCUGACAAAUGAGUCUAAUGAGGGUAACAGUAGUCCCACUUUAGGGUGGAGGCGUAAUGUACUACUUGUUGAAGCUUCACACAGUCCAGAUUCCGGAAGUGUGAUUAACCAUGCCCGGGUGCUAGAGUCAUUUUGUGCUCGUAACAGAAUAAGAUUUUCCCUUAUGCGCGGUUUGUCUGAGACUCUAAAGAAAGUGCCAUCGCCAACAAAUCUAUCUCCAUAUGCAUCUCCUGUUUUCCCUUCUAGCCCACGUCGGUAUAGUCCUGAUUCUCAGAGGAUUGGACGGAUUGAUCUGGUCCCCGCUUUAAGUUUAGACAGUCAAUUAGGAAAACCAACUACAUCACCUCCAGUUUCUCCUCGAGGACUUAGACUGCUAUCUUCACCUGUCAGACAAUUGCACGACAAAUUGCAAAAUACACCACAAGUGGGUGUUGUACAUUUGGCUCUUCAGAGUAACUCAGAUGGCUUGAUAAUGAGCUGGCACAAUGAUGUAUUUGUGGUUGCUGAACCUGGAGAGCUUGCUACGAAGUUUGUAGAAAGUGUUAAACUCAGUUUGUUGUCAACAAUGAGAAAUCACCGCAGAAAGGGAGCAGCUCUCCUGGCCAAUAUAGUCACUGUUUCUGAUCUUGUUGCCUUCAAGUCUUAUUUCCACAUAGGAGGCAUUGUCCACCGCUAUCUAGGCUGUCAAACCAUAGUUGUGGAAGAUGAUCGAGAAAUUAGUUCAUAUAUGUUUCGUAGGACUGUACCGUCUAUGCAACUAUCAGCGAAUGAUGUAAGAUGGAUGGUAUGUGCAUUGCUUUCACUUUCAUUUUCAUAUUGUCAUUAUAUUUGUCACUUUUAUGUUUACGAAGUUUGAGGUCUUUAAGGGCAACUGUCACAUUAUGUUGUGCUGGGCCUGGGACAGCUUUCUUAUAGCUUAAUAUGCCUUUGAUAUUAAUUCAUUAAUUAUAAAAAAGGGGGUAUUUUGAGCAAUCCCCUCUGGAUAUAA